AUGGUACCAAUGGCUGCCAAACGGGAUGGCAACCAGCUGCAUUUUGACACACGCCACCAGGUUUCGAACCCUGUUCCAACUGCACUCCAAUUUGGGUCAAAACAAUCCCAGCAGGUAAGUCUUAAUGAAAUGCACUGGCAUCAUGAAACAUUGUACUGGUUUCAUUUUUUCGAAACUCAAUUGCAACAACUUUUAUCACUUUAUCCAAUCUAUACUUUUUUGCAAUUCUUCCAACAAUAG